UCUGCCGUGCGGGCCUCCCCAGACCGGAGCCCCGGGCUCGAGCCGAGUGCCGGCGGUCACUGGCGCGGGACGCGGGGCGGUCCGGCUGCAGCGGCUCCUGUUCGGCUGCUACCACGGCCUGGUACCACCGCGGCUCGGCGGCGUGAGCUGCUGGCGGGCUGGCACCGCCGAUAUUGCCCUUCCCUAGGCGGAGCUUGUGCCUUCUCAUGGCACAGAGGGCAGCGUUGGCUCCUGAGUCUCAAGAUGGCAGAAUUAUUUAUGGAAUGUGAAGAAGAGGAGCUAGAACCCUGGCAACAGAGAGUGAGAGAAGUGGAAGAGGAUGAUGAAGACGAUGAUGAUGAGCCAAUCUUUGUUGGGGAAAUCUCCAGCUCAAAGCCAGCUGCUACAUCUAUGGAAGAAUGACCUCAGUUCUUCUCUGGCUUAUAUAUUGAACAGAGUCAACCUCAGCUCACCACGAAGGGGGAUACAGAAUGGUGCACCCAGUAGAGGUGCGGUCAGUGCGUUCAAGUCCGAGAGUCAGCAGUACGAGCCGCCUGCCUCCAGCCCCGGCGCCGCGCCUGCCCCGGCAGCGUUUCAGGCUGGGCCCAGAGCUGCCGCCAGCUCGGUGGCACUUCAGCCAUUGGCUGGAGCAGUGAAUGUUUCAGCAACUUCACAAACACUGCAGAGACCACUUGCUGGGUGUUUGUCAACACAGCAGGUGCCUGGGUCAAGUUCUGGAAUAGCACAGCCUGUUAGCAGACCUGUAACCAUUCCAGUGACGACACAGCCGGUAUCAAGAAGUAUUACAGUUCCUGUAGUGGCUCAGCCUGUAUCCAGGCCAGAGACUCCUGCAACAGCACAGCCUGUAAUACUCAACCAGGAUUAUAUUAUGGAUUCUGCACCAGAUGCACCAGAUAACACAUCUGGUAUUCUGUUUGGUGUGAGACAGAGCUCGGGAGUUCCACAGUACCAGACUGGGCCAGCUGUGACUGUAACAGGGACAAAUGCUGCAUCCAGCACCAUUAAAAAUGGAGGACCUUUUCCACGGGCUUGUCCAAAGUGUAAUAUACAUUUCAAUCUUAUGGAUCCUCUAAAAAAUCACAUGAAGUAUUGCUGUCCAGAUAUGGUAAAUAACUUUUUCUCAGAAGUGGUCAAAACAGAAUGUGUGAGCACAAACAGGACCAUGGAAUCUGAGAAAGGAAAGCUGAUUAUGUUAGUUAAUGACUUUUAUUAUGGGAAGGAUGAAGGUGACCUCCAGCAGGUACAACAGGAGCAGAAGACUCAUACGACAUUUAAAUGCAUCAGUUGUCUCAAAGUUCUUAAAAAUAACAUAAGGUUUAUGAACCACAUGAAACAUCACUUGGAGCUUGAGAAGCAAAGCAAUGAAAGCUGGGAAAGCCACACGACGUGCCAGCACUGUUACCGGCAGUUCCCCACGCCGUUCCAGCUGCAGUGCCACAUCGAGAGCACGCACACGCCUUACGAGUCAUCCACGAUUUGUAAAAUCUGUGAAUUAUCAUUUGACACAGAGCAAGUUCUUUUGCAACAUAUGAAGGACAAUCAUAAGCCCGGUGAAAUGCCGUAUGUUUGCCAGGUGUGCAGCUACAGAUCCUCAGCUUUUUCAGAUGUAGAAGCACAUUUUAGAACAGUUCAUGAAAACACAAAACAUUUGCUAUGCCCAUUUUGCCUCAAAGUUAUUAAAAUUGGAGCACCGUAUAUGCAUCAUUACAUGAGGCAUCAGAAAAAGGGAAUAUACCGUUGCACUAAAUGCAGACUGCAAUUUUUAACAUGCAAAGAAAAAAUGGAUCACAAGACUCAGCAUCACCGAACAUUCAGGAAACCCAAGCAAUUAGAAGGCUUGCCUCCUGGAACAAAGGUGACUAUUCGAGCAUCUUUGGGAUCUCAUCAGUCAGGAGCAUCGGCUACAUCUUCUGUUAGUACAAGCAGUUCCACAUUUCAGUUAUCACCUAAAAAUAAAAAUGCAACCACUAAAAAUCAUAACAAAUCUAAUACAAGUAAAUCAAGAGGAAAAUCAAAACAAUCUACACCGAGGAAACAAAAUGCAUGGACGAACAGCAGAAGAAAAAAAGAGCCUUCAAAUAUAGCAUUUCAUAAUCUGAGGUAUCUUGUGGGAACUCACAAAUGCAUUGAGUGUUUCUCAGAAAUAAAAGAUUUUGCAAGCCACUUUCCUGCAUAUGUCCACUGUAGUUUAUGCAGAUACAACACCAGCUGUAGCAAAGCCUAUGUCAAUCACAUGAUGAGCUUUCACAGUGCUCGCCCAAGUAAAAGGUUUUGGAUCUUUAAGAAGCAUUCAGAGCAGCUACGAGGUGUGACUGUAGUGUGUCUCAACUGUGAUUUCCUGGCUGAUGUUUCUGGCUUGGAUGACAUGGCCACACAUCUGAGUGAGAACCAGACUCAUACUUGUCAAGUUAUUGUAGAGGAAGUUUCCACAGAUAAUGCAACUGCUGCACAAGUGUCUCACAAACAAGAGCACGACUCUUCAGAUGAAACAAAAGAAUGCAGUAGAAAUCAAACUAAAAAAGUUGCAUCCGUUGAAAAGAGGGAAGACUCGUCACUGUCACAUCCAGAAAAUGUCCGUCGUUUGGAACUCCCUGGCAACUGCUCAAAGAAUUCUUUGCAUGAGAAAAGAGCAUACUGUGAUUCAGCUAAUAGCAGACAGUUAGUAGAUGAGAAACAAAAAUGUAUUGAUGAUGAAAGUGAGAUGAAAAGGUGCCAAAGUUCAGCUGCCAUCCUGAAUGAGCAGACGAAAGCGCGUGGCUGGGAUGGAACUGCGCUUUCAGCCAGGAACGUGAGGGACUUAAAGCUGAGCCUGGGGGAAGAUGUCAGCUUUGAGCAGUUCCUGAGAAAGAGGGAUGAGCCUGAAUCUGUGAGUUCAGACAUCAGUGAACAAGGCAGUAUUCAUUUGGAGCCUUUAACUCCAUCAGAAGUACUAGAGCACGAGGCUACUGAAAUUCUCCAAAAAGGUAACGUCGCACCUUCGGCAAAGAAGGCUGGACAGCUCACUGAACAAACAGAUGAGACUUCUAGAGAAAGCAAUCCCAGCAGAAUGGAAACAACUGCAGACAAGACAGAUGAGAAUGAAGCAAGCUGAAAUUGUGUUCAUUUUAUUGUUUGUUUUAAACUGUGCUAAGAACACCAUGGACCAUUCCUGAUGAGUGUGCUCACAGAUGCUAAAGACUAAAAAUUUUUCAAGGGAGGAGAAGAGAAAGGGACACCAAAGGGAAGUUUGCAUAUGGAGGUAGCAUGUAUGUGUAUGUAUGACUGAAUUCAUUAAGCUUCAAAAAGGUAACAUUAAAAUAUAUCUUCCUGUCUCUUGGAUGUGAUAUAUUACUAGAUUGAUACUUGAUAAGAGGUAUAAAUUCUAAUUUUUUAAUAGUUAACUAGCCCAGGAUAAGGUGAUUUGUUCGCCCAGAAAGUAUUUUUCUAAAUUCUUUAGUGUGAAUAUCAUUGAACAGGGGAUUGAGUAGGAAUUUCCUUCUGAUGCUGACAUGGAGCACACUUAUAAUGGAGGUUAUUGGUCUGCUGAUAGUUUAGGUAAAUAUAAACCUUGGAACUUGGUGUCACAUUCCUGUCUGUAAAAGCAUGUAAACAGAAGUAUAUGAAUUUGUGCACCUCUGUACAGGUGUAAUCCUGCCAGGCUGUAAACUUACCUUAAUAAACUUUCAGUGAAAGUGAAAUUAUUACAAUAAAAAACUAUAUUUGUGGA